AGGACCGAGCAGCCUUCAGUUUAUCACAGGUGCAUUUCAACAUUUUUAAAUACAGAGCAACCAUUUGUUCCAGUCUGCAGAGAUGGAGACCAUGAAGAGUGCCAGGAAGAAUGAUACAGAGGACGUCGGCAGUGAUUUAUCGGAGCAGAUUAAAGCAGCCACUAAGGACAGUCAUGUGCGAGCUGAAAACACCACGCUGAUGCUGGACUACCAGAAAGGGAAGAUCACCCUGCCUCAGUACAAGCUGUUGCUGUGCUCGCUGUAUGAGAUCUACAGAGCUCUGGAGGAGGAGCUGGACAGAAACGCUUCACAUCCCGCCGUCGCUCCCAUCUACUUCCCUCAGGAACUCGCUCGUCUGCAAACUCUGGAGAGAGAUCUGGAACAUUUCUUCGGCUCCGAGUGGAGGCAGAGGGUGAUCGUUCCUGCAGCCACGGUCAGAUACCAGGAGAGAAUACGGAGGAUCGGUGCAGAGAGUCCUGAUCUGCUGGUGGCUCACGCCUACACCCGUUACCUGGGCGACCUGUCAGGGGGUCAGGUGCUGGGGAAGAUUACCCAGAAGUCCUUGGGGCUGAGCAGUAAAGAUGGACUGUCGUUCUUCUCGUUCCCCGACGUCAGCAGCCCUCAUCGCUUCAAACAGCUGUACAGGAGUCGCAUGAACAGCAUCGAGCUGACGGAGGGGAGGAGGGAGGAGAUGCUGAGGGAGGCAAACACCUCCUUCCUGCUCAACAUCCAGGUUUUUGAUGACUUGCAGAAAAUGCUGAGUGUCACAACAACAGAAGCCGAGGACCAAUCAGAGGGCAACGCUGUCAAAUCCAAAAACAUGUUCCCGUCUUUACCCAGCAUGCAAUUCACCGUGGGAGUGUGUGUUGCACUGGCCACGGUUGGAUUGGGAUUCUACGCUUUGUAGAGGCUCCAUUUAUAUAUAUAUAUAUAUAUAUAUUAAUGUGACUCAUAGAGUUGCAGACAGGUUCAUCGUCUUCCUUGUUAUAACAUAAAAAACAUGGCCAGUAUUUUAGGAGUUAAGUCGUUGAUCAAUGUAUAUAUUUUUUGAAGGAUUGUGUACUUGUUUGUUGGAUUUUCUGUACAUGUGUUUCAAAUUUAGGACAAACCUUUAUUGAGCCCCUGGGGGAAAUUCAGUUUUCCACUCAGUAUUGAACAGAGGUGUAAAGUAAUUAAGUACAUGUACUCAAGUACUGUACUUAAGUUUAAUGUUGAGGUACUUGUACUU